AUGUUGACGCUGCUGGUACCCGUUCUGUUGGUGGCUGGUGCCUCCGGGCGUGGGCUGCCCGUCUACUCCCCCAACGCCAGGGUGGUGAAUGGUGAAGAUGCUGUUCCCUACAGUUGGCCAUGGCAGAUCUCCCUCCAGUACGAGAAAGAUGGCGCCUUCCAUCACACCUGCGGGGGGUCCCUCAUCGCCCCCAACUGGGUCAUGACAGCAGCUCACUGCAUCUCCAAGUCCCGCACCUAUAAGGUAGUGCUGGGUGAAUACGACAUGAGCAAAGAGGAAAGAUCUGAGCAGCACAUUCCCGUGAACUCCGACGACAUCUUUGUGCACCCCCGAUGGCUCUCCAUCUGUGCGCCCUGCGGGAAUGACAUUGCCUUGAUGAAGCUGUCCCGGAGCGCAGAACUGAGCGACAAGGUGCAGUUGGCCUGCCUCCCCCCGGCAGGGGAAAUUUUGCCCAACGAUUAUCCCUGUUAUAUUACCGGCUGGGGACGGCUUUCCACCGGCGGCCCCCUCCCCUCCAUACUGCAGCAGGCCCUGCUCCCAGUCGUGGACAACGAACACUGCAACCAGCCUGACUGGUGGGGGGGCGUGAUCGCGAAGAGCAUGGUCUGCGCUGGAGGGGACAUCCGAGCCGGCUGCAACGGUGACUCCGGAGGACCCCUCAACUGCCAGGCCACCGAUGAGAAGUGGUGCGUCCACGGAAUCGCCAGCUUCGUCUCUUCGUUAGGGUGCAACGCCUUGAAGAAGCCCACCGUCUUCACCCGCGUCUCUAACUUCAACGCCUGGAUUGAAGAAACCAUGGCUAAACAUCCAUGAUGACUUGGUUGUGUUUUGGAGGAUUCUCCUAGUUCCAGAAUAAAACAGCCAAAAAC